GGACUUUUGAUUGCAAUUUUUGAAUAUCAACCGCUCUUCCCGCCAUACCUGGCCCACCGACGGUUUCCUUUGCCCCGGCCUGAUCUUUGACUGCCUACUUAAAUUAGAAAUACGUAGUUCACACGGAAACUCUUAUCGAUUUCCAUUUAGCCACACACUCAGUCCCGCAUAACUGUGAAGAUUGUCUUGAUCGACAUGGCGGCAGAGCCUUCCCCCAAAGGGUCGGUUCCCCGCUUUGGGGAAUGGCCUGUUGACCCCCAGCAGGACGUGCCCAUCCGGAAAGAACGUAUUUGGAUAGAUGGCUGUUUUGAUUUUAGUCAUCAUGGCCAUGCGGGUGCGAUGCUGCAAGCAAAAAGAUUGGGUCAAGAGCUUUUCGUUGGUGUCCAUUCCGACGAGGAAAUUCUAGAAAAUAAGGGUCCAACUGUUAUGACGCUGGCAGAACGGGUGGCAGCGGUGGAUGCUUGUCGCUGGGCAUCUAAAUCAAUCCCCCACGCUCCAUACGUUACAUCAUUGCCAUGGAUAUCCCAUUACGGCUGCUACUACGUUGUUCACGGUGACGACAUUACUUCAGAUAGUGAUGGAAACGAUUGCUAUAGAUUCGUGAAAGCUGCAGGACGUUUCCUUGUGGUGAAGCGAACUCCCGGGAUAUCAACCACGGAUUUGGUUGGGCGUAUGCUUCUCUGUACUCGUGGGCACUUCAUCAAGUCUUUACCUGCCUUUCUAGCCGGCCAAGAAGGAUCCGGACCGCCGGAAGAGCUUAAGGAGCUUGCAAAGCAGUCCCUUCAAAGAAUUAAAGACUAUGCCACGGAUGAAACUGGUCACAAACCUGGACCCGAUGUUUGGACUUGGACUAGUUCUCAGCGGCCAAAUGAUGAUCACGAUGCGCAAGCAACUGGAUCGUUUGAUCACUUAGUUCAUGGAAAGGGCCCCAAGCCAGGGCAACGAGUCGUAUACGUCGAUGGAGGUUUCGAUUUAUUUUCAUCGGGUCAUAUUGAAUUCCUACGCCGUGUUCAUGAAAUGGAGAACGAAGAGGGCUCCCGCCGCGGAUGGUAUUCGUCCGAUCAAGUGAAAGCCCGAGUCGAACAAUGUGGAGAAGACUAUGGACCUGCGUACGUUGUAGCUGGGGUCCAUGACGACGAAGUCAUAAACCGUUGGAAAGGUUUGAACUAUCCUAUAAUGAACAUUUUCGAACGUGGUCUCUGCGUUCUCCAAUGUCGCUACAUUAACGCUGUUGUGUUCGGUGCUCCCUUUACGCCAUCAGAGCCAUUUCUUCGAUUACUGCCAUUGGGUAUGCCUGGUGCUGUCUAUCAUGGACCCACCACCUUCAUCCCUUUAACGUACGAUCCCUACAUUGACCCAAAAAAGCUGGGCAUCUUUAAGGAGAUCGGAACCCACCCUUUUCAGCACGUAAAUGCUGGCGAGAUCGUCCAAAGAAUUUUAAGAAGCAGAGAGGCAUUCGAGGCACGACAACGAGCAAAGCUGCUCAAAGCGAUUGGUGAAGAAAACCUUAAGCAGAAGGAGCAGCAAGAAGUAACUUGGCCCGCUAACUAGGCAUGGGUUCCUUUAUCUUGAUUGCACGUGUCUUACAGGUGCUGGAAAGCCACCAAGUUACAGAGGGCAUCCGGUUUUCAGCACUUUGAUAUGUUUCUUGUUGAUUUCUAUUAGAUACAGGAAAAAUGUCUUGAGAUUUUGGCAAGAGCCGAGGCUCCAUAUCUUCCGUGGAUCGGAUGUGGCUUGAGCUAUAUCGUCAGUUGGAAUAAUAAUGGAUUUAAGUCUUGUAUA